AUGGAAUUUAGCCCCAUGCAUAACUAUGCUGUUUUUGUUCUUGCAGUGAUUGUUUGCAGCCAUUUGGUUUUCUAUGUCAAUGGAAGACAAAUGAUAUCAGUGGUCAUCGGCGACAAAGAUGAUCAUUACCGUCGACUGAAUGUUGAACAACUAUUGCCGCCCUCCAUACCAGCUAAAACCUCACGUUUCGAAGACGAUUUUCGGCCAUAUUCGCCGGGGAACACUUUCGAAGAAGAUGACGGAGACGAUAACGAAGGAACACCGGGAAGUUCUAGCUCCGUUAAUGGCAAGCAUUCAUCACAAGAUUUCAAACGUACGAGUCCAGGGCACAGUCCUGGUGUAGGUCAUGCCUUUGUAAACAGGGAUGUUUAUGAGAAAAAUGACUAG